ACGCUGGGGACAUGAUGCUGUGCGCGGGAGGGCUGGGGGCCCUGGGCACCCGGACUGCGGUUCUACUGUCGCAGCCCGCGCUCCUGGGAGGCCUCGGCGCCGGAAUCCGGGCCCGAAGGGUCAGCACCAACUGGUCCUCUGUAGGCGCCGCCUUCAAUGUGAAACCUCAGGGCCUGCGCCUGGACCUGUUCGGCGAGCGCCGGGGCCUUUUUGGAGUUCCUGAGCUCAGUGCUCCAGAAGGAUUUCGUAUUGCACAAGAAAAUGCCUUGAGAAAGUCAGAUUUGCUAGUGGAGCGCGUGUGUACUAUGCCGCCCGGACCCCAGACGGUUCUUAUCUUUGAUGAGCUCUCUGAUUGCUUAUGCAGAGUGGCUGACUUGGCUGAUUUUGUGAAAAUUGCUCACCCUGAGCCAGCAUUCAGAGAGGCUGCAGAAGAAGCUUGUAGAAGUAUUGGCACCAUGGUAGAAAAGUUGAACACAAAUGUGGAAUUAUAUCAAAGUUUGCAAAAAUUACUAGAUGACAAAAAACUUGUGGAUUCUCUGGAUCCAGAAACCAGGCGUGUGGCAGAACUGUUCAUGUUUGAUUUUGAAAUCAGUGGAAUCCAUCUAGACAAAGAAAAGCGUAAAAAAGCAGUGGACCUGAAUGUUAAAAUCUUGGAUUUGAGUAGUUCAUUUCUUAUGGGAACCAACUUUCCUAAUAAGAUUGAGAAGCAUCUCUUACCAGAACAUAUCCACCAUAACUUUGUACUCACUGGUGACCACGUGGUAAUUGAUGGCCUACAUGCAGAAGCGCCUGAUGACUUGGUACGAGAAGCUGCUUAUAAAAUAUUUCUUUAUCCCACUGCUGGUCAAUUGAAAUGUUUAGAUGAACUGCUCAGCAACAGAGAUCUUCUGGCAAAAUUAGUUGGGUAUUCUACAUAUUCCCACAGAGCUCUCCAAGGAACAAUAGCUAAAAAUCCAGAGACUGUCAUGCAGUUCCUUGAGAAACUAUCUGACAAACUUUCUGAAAGAACUAUAAAAGAUUUUGAGAUGAUACAAAGGAUGAAAAUGAAACUAAAUCCUCAAAAUUCUGAAUUAAUGCCUUGGGAUCCCCCCUACUACAGUGGUGUGAUUCGUGCAGAAAGGUAUAAUAUCGAGCCCAGCUUAUAUUGCCCAUUUUUCUCCCUUGGAGCAUGCAUGGAAGGCCUGAAUAUUUUGUUUAACAAAUUAUUAGGGAUUUCAUUAUAUGCAGAGCAGCCUGCUAAAGGAGAGGUGUGGUGUGAAGAUGUUCGAAAACUGGCUGUUGUUCAUGAAUCUGAGGGAUUGUUGGGGUACAUUUACUGUGAUUUUUUUCAGCGAGCAGACAAACCAUAUCAGGAUUGCCAUUUUACAAUCCGUGGAGGCAGACUAAAGGAAGAUGGAGACUAUCAACUUCCAGUUGUAGUUCUUAUGCUGAAUCUCCCCCACUCCUCAAGGAAUUUGCCAACUUUAUUAACUCCUGGAAUGAUGGAAAAUCUUUUCCAUGAAAUGGGACAUGCCAUGCAUUCUAUGCUGGGACGCACUCGUUACCAGCAUGUCACUGGGACCAGGUGUCCUACUGACUUUGCUGAGGUUCCUUCUAUCCUGAUGGAGUACUUUGCAAAUGAUUACCGAGUGGUGAACCAAUUUGCCAGACAUUAUCAAACUGGGCAGUCACUGCCCAAAAAUAUGGUGUCUCGUCUUUGUGAAUCUAAAAAGGUUUGUGCAGCAGCCGACAUGAAACUUCAGGUAGUGUGGGCUACAGAUUUGUCGAGGAUGAUACCUGGCUGACUUCAACCUACUCAAGUUGCACCAUUUCAAAGAGACUGCUGCUACUGGAGUCUGAUUUCUACUGAGACUGAUUUCUAUUCUUUGUUUUUAUACAGAAGUGAUAAAUAUAUUGCAAAUUAAGUGUAAUUUUCUUCCUGUAACAUACUGUCUUAUUAGAACAAGCAAACAGCUAACAAGUGUGAUAAAUUGCCAGGUACAUCAUAGCAAACAUGCUUUUUUUUUUAACAUAAAGCAUAAAGACUAUUUCUAAACCCCAUUUUAUAUUUUGUAUAUUAGCUCAAUUACAUUUUAUUAUUAUUUAAUGCACUUAUGGUUUUGUUUAUAAUAUCCAUUUUAAUAUGUAAUAUAUUUGUCAAGUGGCUACUCUGUGUUGUAUACACUGUCUAGUUGAUAGAGAUGUAGUGAGUGAAACAUACAAAAUACUUGCCUUAAUGGAGCCUGUGUUAGAAAUGACUUUUGGGGGGGUACAUAUACAAAAUUAUCAUUAUAUUUGACUGUCAGUCAAACAUUUCCUUACUAAACAAAAUAUUCUUUGAGCCCCUCAAACUGUUUUGAGUUGCAAGCACAUGGACCAAACUUAUAAAAGCUGACAAGGUAAAAAUGUUCUGAUACAUCAUAUACCUAAUACAAAGGGUAUAUUGUGACUCUAGUUUCUAAUUUCCAGAAGGAAGCUUCUUACCUGAAAUAUUCAUGAGGAAAAACGGUGCCUUCAUGUUCUUAGUAAACUCCUGAUUUCUUUGUCAUCCUUGCUACAUCAGCAGAGUAGACACUGGGAGGCUAAGCAAAAGAAUGAAAGAUGGCUAGAGAGAAGAGUAAUUUAGAGGGUCAGGGAUGCUAUCAGACAGACCUGGGGACUGAGUGUUUGAUAGUUUGGGAGGCAGUGACAACAGAGAAUGAGUGGGGAAUGAUAACCAUGGUUUGAAUGGGCCAUUUGUGGGGAUGGAAUGGCAUUUACUACAUGGAGUUUAGGAGGGAUUGCUUCUUUACGGGGUAUGGGUGCAAAGCCUAGUGAGUCAAAAUCUAAUGUAACAAUAGCAUGUCCAAGUGGAGAGGCCUGUCAGCCAUCAUCAAUGAGUCUGAAGCACAGAAAAUAGAUCAAGGCUGGGGCUCUGUAGAUUAGGUAAUUAUCAGCAUAGAGAGAGAGAGUGCACAGUAAGCCCUGGAUAUGGACAACAUCAAAUGGAGAAUUUGCUUGGUAAGAUGAAGGAAAUGUAGGGGACCAAAAAGAAUAUUUAAGCAGUGGUCACACAUUGGAUCACCAACUUUUUUUCAAGUACCAGCAAAAAACUAAAAUCUUAAAUGUAUUGUUUUCUUUUCCUCAUCUACUACUGCAACUACAACAGUACAGUGUAUUACUUCUCUUUUCUGGUGUUUUAGGGCUACAUUGACUGUAUGGUAGCUUGCAACAUCAUUUAUAGAACAUUUAUUUUGGAUGUGUGAGUUCCCAAGUAACAAACUACUAAGUGGGCUUUUAGCAUAAAAUUUAUGUGAAAUUUGAGGACUUCCAUUUUGAAAUUGCUUGAUUUUUAGAGCAGAUUCUUAAGCUGAGAUUGCUGUUGUUGUGAUUUUAUGUGCAAGGGAAAGUGACCACUAAUUUACCAGUUGGGAGAUGGAGUGCAAACAGUGGUAACCCCAGCUGUUUAUAUAGUGUGCUCAUCCCAGAUUAACUUUCAAACAUACCUCCUAGCCCUGUGGAAGGGUGGGAAUAAGGAGCUGAAAUCAGUAUCAGAGAAAUUUUGAGAGUAUUCUUAUCAAUAUAUACUGUAUGAAGGU